UAAACGUGGGUACACACUAUAUAUAACGUGAAUAAGAAAAGAAAAUCACUAUUUGUCGCCGUUCUAAUAGUUAGUUCAUUUUCAAAAUAAAAAGCGUGUAAUAAGAACGAAAAGAUAUGCUAAGUCGGACAGCACAAAAUGAGAAUUAAAACAAACCGAUGGAAGAUGUAAAAAAAGCAUAUUACAUUUUCUUACAUUUUGCAUCUCUUGUAAGCUGAUCUAGAACAGUGAACGAACAUAAAACAACGACGAGUUUGUAUAUUGAUAGAAUGCAAAACGAUUGAAAAAGGAGAUAUACGACUAUCUUGUACUGUAGAAAGUAAAAAUUACGAACACACUGAUGUCGGUCAUAUCAUAUUAAAUAUUCAUUAGAAUUCUAUUUGAACAAAUAUACACUCGUUACUUUAACAUCUUUUAUUUGUUUCUUUUUUAUAUGGCAAAAACUUUUCCAAUGUAUUCAUCAUCGACUGUCCUCGUUAAUAUUUUAAAAAUAAUGUAUUUCUUUAUUAGUUUGUUGUCUAGACAAACGCAUAUGAUAGUUUGUGAAAUAUAUCCAUUCCAUACUUCGAAUGGAAUUGUUUAUGGAUGCCCUAGUUUCAGUCAUCGUGAUAUACAUCUUACAUUUGAUGAUGGACCAAGCAAUGUUACUUCUCAUUUACUUGACACAUUAAAAUAUUACAACAUUAAAGCAACAUUUUUCAUUAUUGGUGUUAAGGCUCUAAAGUAUCCAGACAUAGUGAAAAAAAUCAAAAAUGAAGGUCACACAAUUGGUUCACACACAUUAUCACACAAAAAUUUAACUUUUUUGGAAUCCAUUGGCAACUAUUCUGAGAUAGAACGUGAAAUUUUAGAAAAUGAACAAGUUUUGAAAAAUAUCACUGGUGUUCGUCCAUGGCUAUUUCGACCACCUUAUGGUGCCAUCACAUUGAAUAUUAAAAAAUAUUUAAAUCAUCACAACUAUACUGUUGUUAUGUGGAAUGGAGGCAAUGUGGAUUGGUUUUAUAAGGAUAUGAAUAAACAAACAGAAAUGUUAUUAAUGGGUAUGGCAGAUGCAGGUGGAAUCGUUUGUUUUCAUGAUAGAGUUCCUGAUACAUCUAAAAAUAUUUCAAUAUUCAUUAAAGCAUUUAUGGAUGAACAACAUAAAUUUAUAUCAUCGGAAGAAUGUUUAGCUGAGAAUAUGUAA